UUGUGGUUCCGGUUCCGUCGCUGAGACACGUGAAGGUCGGUGAGUUGGUGUGGAGUCGGUCUCCGCACGCGUGGUCRCGCUGGGAUGGAUUCUUCCUCGUCCUCCUCCGCUGCGGGUUUGGGCGCAGUGGACCCACAGUUGCAGCAUUUCAUCGAGGUGGAAACUCAGAAGCAGCGCUUUCAGCAGCUGGUGCACCAGAUGACUGAACUGUGUUGGGAGAAGUGCAUGGACAAGCCUGGGCCAAAGUUGGACAGUCGGGCUGAGGCCUGUUUUGUGAACUGCGUUGAGCGAUUCAUUGAUACAAGCCAAUUCAUCUUGAAUCGACUGGAACAGACCCAGAAAUCCAAGCCAGUCUUCUCAGAAAGCCUUUCUGACUGAUCUCAGCAUUACCUUUUUGGAAAAAGAAGGUAGUUCAAGAAAAGGAACAGCUGUUGAAGGGAUGGUUGAAGAAAUGGCUAUGGGGAAUUGACUGGCUCCCACCUUUUGUCCCACUUGGACAUCUUGUCAUCUGAUAAUGAACAAAGACCAAUUUUCUGGUGUGGGGUUUGAGGGUCAUAUAUGUACUUGGUUGUGUUUUUUAAUGCUAAUCUUGUGAAAAUAAUUGACAGAUGGAAAAUUAUUAUAUGCAUAUUACUGUAUGUGGGACUGUGCUUUUCUCAAGGUCCCCUUAACUGCUUCCUAUGAUUUUGAUAGUGGAACUGCUUUCUAUAAUUUGAUGGUGGGACCACACAGGUAAAAUCUCUUAUUUGUGUGACUUCAUUUCACAUUUUGGGGGAGAUAUUUCAUAAAGGCAGUAGUGGGAGAAUAAUAAUUUGGCACUUAACUCUGGGUCUUCUUAUCUAAUAUUUGACUAUCAGUGCUGGAAAAAAAAACCCUAUGGACUGUUUAUUCAGUUACACUUCAGCUUUCUAGGUUGUCUCCCUUCCCUAUGAUUAUUUAAAUAUAUCUAAAGUAUGGUCUCAAGGUAGACCAGGCAAUCUGAGGAUCUAAAGACCUUUAAUUAUAAAGGAAUCUAACCAGUGAACAUAAUUCUCAUUACUAGAUAGCAUAGAAAGAGGUUAAGUUACCCUGUAUAUCAGGGUAAAAAAAUUUUGCCUAAAAAAAUUAUAAAGAUUUAGGCUAGUCAAAAACUAACAGCAGUUUCAGGUAAAGGUGCAUGCCUGAUGUUAAUCAUUAUAGGUUCAAUUGACUGCAUUCUUUUGAUCAUUGAAAUAAAAGCUUCUACUCUGUGAUUAAGAGGCUUUCUAUUCUGGUUUUUAUCUGUAACUCAUAGAAAUUUAGUGUGGGCUCAUUCCAAGCCUGAAAUGUAGUCAGUGUAUAUUCUAGAGGCCCUUGAACUUUUUGUCAGAAAAGAGAGCCUUGAGAUGAAAUGAGAGGAAGGGAUUCUGUGCUGUCAAUUAGGUUCCUAAGUACAAGAGAAGAGCUAAUAUUGACUGGAUUCACCUUUUGUUUCAUAUCCUAGUAGGCUGGAGUAUAGACCUAAAGUGGAACUACUUGCUAGGAGCCUCUAAGGUAAAUCCAUGGGCAGAUACACAUUUCCAGAAGCUUCGGGUCCCUAUUUAGCUUUUCCCAUACAGAUAUUAUAAGGAAUUUUUUUUUUACAAAUCAAGAUGGAAACACGAUUCAACAAACUUUUAAGUGCUUCCUCCAUGCCAGUCACUGCUUUCAGUGACAGGAUUCAGCAGUGCACAAAACAGUCCAUAUACUUGAAGAGCUAUGGAAGACAGAAUACAUGCAUGAAUGUAAAUGUAAUGAGCACCAUGGAGAAAAGAAAACACUAAGGGUGUCAGAGAAUGUUUGAAGGGCAUCAUUAUUUUAUGGAAAAUGGUCAGAGGUCUCCUUGGAAAGGUGGCAUUUCAGGAGAGUCCUGAAAGAACUAAGAGACCAAGCAUUGUGGGUAUCUGAAAGUCCACAGGCCCAAAGGUCAGAGCUGUAUGGCAUGAGGCCAUUUACAAGAACAAUCAAAAGGUCAAUAGGACUAAAGUAAGGAGAAAGGUAAAAA